GAUUAUCUUGAGGAGCCUCAACUCACUUUCAGGAUCAAUGAAACCCCAUUCACAGUGUCCUCGUACCUCAAUUGGGUCUCGAACAAGCCACGUCCACUUGAUGAGGAAACCGCAAACUCGGCCAACAGCUCAAUCAGCUCCCGUCGAGGAACGAGUAAGAGGUCCUCGCUUUCCCGGUUAGCUGGAAUAGGUGGCCACUCCUCCCUCGGCCCUGUGGAUAUCGCCUCUCAGAAGCUUCUCUUCAAUGCUGCCGAUCCCAAGAGUAAACCACCGCCACAAGCCUACGACACAUCGCCUACAGAUGGUAGUUGGGCAGCUUUGGCUAGUGUGGCGGAACAGGGACACAAAACCUCAGUAAAUAUCACGUCUAAUAUUUUCUUCUUUGUUUGUCACCUAAUUCGUUUCCAUCUAACACUCAUCCAACCUAUUUUUCUUUCGCCCCCAAAACAGACAUCCGCAGUCUUCAUGCCAGACAAGGCGGCAGCGCGCCACGUAAUGUCGAGGAGUUGCCACGCCGAAGUUGACGAAAUGGACGGUCCUGAGAUCGCCCGUCUGAUGCGCCGAUUUUGGCCCAGAGACCUCAACUUCUUCGGCGCCUCGCAGAACUCCAGUGGUCGGAGGUCGCUUUGUGAGUCGAGGUCCUCGGUUGCAUCUUCCACAGCCUCUAAAAGUUCUCAAAGACCUACUAUACUCAAUUUGAGAAAUGUGUGCGAAGGUAAUUCCACUUCAACUCCCUUGAUUCUUCCAGAUUUCAACACCAGAGUCUUUCUUAAGAUCUACCGGUGCCUUUGUCAGAGCAACUCAUUUACGCUUAAUCUUUCACUUGCGUGGAAAAUAUCGAAAACCCUUCGUUUCCUUAAGAUUAAUGACAUUCGAAGCUGUGACGGUUUUGAGCUUUCACUGAAGCACUCUGCUGCCUCACUCACUAGUCAGAGUCGUGUAGUCCUUGCUUGA